AACAAUAUCAUCCAAUUGAAGAGCCGCAGCGCUAAAUGCACUGAACCGACGGUCAUCGUGGGAACAGCGCGGACGAGCACAAACCGUCAUGGUUUAAGAGAAAGACAACGACGGCAUCGUCAAGUGUAAAAAAAAAAAAGAUACUGGGUUGCGGGUCAACGAGUUUAACCCUUAAUCUUCCGUAGCGUUGUUGCUGACUGGUAAGGUAGUCCAAACGGGAAGGCGUCUCGGUGAAAUGUGAGCGGACUGGGUCCGUGACCGUUAUUCCAUUAUUUUCAAUGUGGUUGGGACCGCAGCCGACUCGCUCGUUGCAGCUAGCUCGGUACGGCCGCGUUGAUGCAGCAGCGCACGGCUGUGGGGUUCAAAUCCACCACCGGAUCUGGGAAGACAAUAGGUGAAAUAUACGCCGGCCUGGACUCCCAAGACUACACUAAACGAGAGUCUGCAUCCGCUUGGGCUUCACUAGUGUCUGUGUGAGGAAUCGGGGUUAUUGAGUGAAGUGACAGCCGGCAGGUCAUUGCAUCAGGAUGGCGGCUGUAGUGAACUACUCCCCACCUUGGUGGGUGAAUCUACUGCACCGAUUGCCUCAUUUCAAUAUCGAAUUCCAGCUGGUGAGCAGUGACUUCAGACCUGAGGACUCUGAGUACCAGAAGUCUAUUUUGCUGCUUGGUGCUGUGGCGUUGUUAUGUUUGGGCCUGGACCUCCUCUUUCUCCUCUUCUACUCGUUCUGGCUUUGCUGCCGGCGACGCAAGAGUGAUGACUCCUCACACUCCCAUACACACUCUCAGCAGCCUAGCGCCGACUGCUGCUGCACGGCCUGGUGCGUCAUCAUCGCCACACUCGUCUGCAGCGCUGGCAUCGCUGUAGGAUUCUACGGAAAUGGAGAGUCGAGUGAUGGAGCCAGUCGUUUGGCGUACUCCCUCCGUCAUGCCAACCGCACCGUAUCUGGGGUGGAGAAACUGGUGUCUGACAGCGCCCUAGCCUUAAACCAGACAGUGGAGGAGAGCUUGGUCCAGUUGGAGACAGCCUUCCAGGAGCAGACAGACUACGUGUCCAUCGUCCAAAAGCUGCAGGGCCAGCUGGACGAGCUGGUGAGGCUGAUGGUGGAUGUCCCCUUCUGGUCCAAUACUGAUAUUUCCUUGGAGGAUCUGGCCCGCAAGACGGAGGCCUUUGACUUUUACAGGUGGUUGGGGUACCUGGGCCUGCUGCUGUUUGAUGUACUCAUCUGUCUUCUGGUGCUCUUCGGCCUGAUACGCAACUCUAGAGGCACUCUGAUUGGAGUGUGUCUGCUGGGGGUUCUGACUCUGAUAAUCAGCUGGGGGUCUCUCGGCCUGGAGCUGGCUGUUGCUGCUUCAGCCAGCGACUUCUGCGUUUCCCCGGAUACCUACAUCACCAGGGUAACCAAGGAAAACGCUGUCAUCAACCAAGAUAUCCUGCAGUAUUACCUGAGGUGCAGCUCUGGCCAAAUUAAUCCCUUCCAGCAGAGGCUGUCAGGGAGUCACAAAGCAUUGGUGGAGAUGCAGGAUGAUGUGGCAGAGCUACUGAGAUCAGCAACACGUGAUUAUGCCAACACCAAGGGGAGUCUUGAGCAAAUCCAGUCUGUGCUGAAUUCCACGGAGGUUGGUCUUCACCAGCUGACUGCUCUGGUCGACUGUCGCAGCCUACACAUGGACUAUGUUCAGGCAUUAACAGGCCUGUGUUAUGACGGAGUCGAGGGUCUCAUCUACCUGGUUCUCUUCUCCUUUGUCACUGCUCUGAUGUUCUCUUCCAUUGUGUGCAGUGUGCCACAUACCUGGCCUGGCAAGAGGACGGAUGAGGAAGACGGAGAGGACGAGUCGGGCGCCUCACGGGGCGGUGUGCACGAUAACCUGUACCGCGUUCACAUGCCCAGUCUCUACAGUUGUGGCUCCAGCUACGGUAGCGAAGCUAGCCUGCCCGCUACAGCCCACACUGUCAGCAAUGCCCCCGUCACUGAAUACAUGAGCCAGAACGCAAACUUUCAGAACCCUCGGUGUGAGAACACCCCCCUGAUUGGCAGGGAGUCCCCUCCACCCUCUUACACCUCCAGUAUGAGAGCAAAGUACCUGGCCACCAACCGACCAGACCAGAACCGACGCUCCGUUCCCAACGACCAACUGGACCCGGCUAGCCGGCCUCACCCCGCUGCCCGACCACAAUCCUCAGUCCACUAAGAUACCAGAGCCGCAUCAGUCCACCCCUGUACUGCCUGAAUCCAGUUCUCACAGCCAACAGCACCACCCGACACAGCGCUCACCAGAGCUCAAGCAGAGCCGAGCGCUUUAAGCACCAACAGGACCCCAGUUUGUCAAGGUCCACUGAAAUUCACUAUCACCGGUUCACCAGAAACAACACAGCAGGCCAGAACUCAUCAACCAAGCACCUCAGUAAAGGACUGCACUUUGAAGGUCAACCUCUACUCCUCACCCACAAUUAUCCAAAAGACAGUCAAAGCCCAUCCUAAAAGAUCACUACUUCUACUACCACAUCCCGAGCUGCUCAUUUCACCACUGCUGUGAUGGACCAGCCCACAUACCCACAAUGCACAGCAACUAAAGCCUUGGCUCCGGCUCCGCAGGUUCUUCUUCUUCUACUACUCCAAAUAUCUCCUCCUCCUCCACUGGGAUCUGUACACUGCCCUCCAGUGGAGGCAGCCACGCCACUCUCACCACUCAACCCCCCCUGACACGUCUACGUUCAGAUCGCACACUCGCACAGAGACAAGCACAGACAUGCACAAACACACACACACACACACACACAAACACACACACACACACACUGUACAGAGCUGUAAAUAGUGAACAUGUGCUUUAUUCUGAUUUCAUGAAAAGUCGACUGUUGAAUCAUUACUGGUAAUGUGGUGUGAUGUGUGUUUAUCAUGGAAAUUUUUGCUGUAUCUCUCAUACAAACACAUACACACACAGACACACACACACACACACACUCACAUAAACAAACAGGCAGAUAGUCUAACUGAACUCUCAUCUGUAUAAAUGAUAAGCCAGUGAAUCGGAAAGCCAUGUUUAGAUAGAAACUCUAGCAGCACAUCCACAUUCUCUCUUUAGCUUAACAUUGUCGUCUAACUAAGACUUGAAUCGUGAACUCAAAAAGUGGUGUCCACGUCUCUCUCCGUACUUGUUUACGUGCACAUACAGUAUGCGCGUCAGUUAAUGCAUCUUUGAGUAUGAGCCAGGAAUCCGGUUGUGGAAUAACUGCUUUGAAGCCUUUGGGGAAUGGAGCGAGAGACAAGGGACAUAAGAAGGCUCAACCUGUGCCAAAAAACUAUACUGUAACAAUGAGGGAUGCCUGAUUCUGUCUUCUUCUACUCCUGCCUCCAGAUGUCUCAAAAAGGGGGAAAACACCUUAUCUGGAAUGUUUUCCCUGCGGCUGUAAAUAAAAAGGGAACAGGAAAGACAAUGAAAAGACAGAUAAUUGUGACUACACAUUUGCCAGGUGCUACAUAAGCCAGUGAAGGUCCCAGAAGACGAUCAGCGCUGAGGAGGGACGGAACAUGUUUUGUUACUAUGAUGUUUUGUUUUCAUUCAGGGAUGUGAUCAGG